AUGGCCAACGUCUCUCACGGUCGCGGAGGUGCCGCCAACAUUGGCCCCGAUACCCAGACCUACGCCGAUGGUGGGAUAGUGCGUGAGGGACCAGUCGGUGACCAAGGUGACGGACCAUACUCGGCAGGUCGAGGCGGCGUCGGAAACAUUGAGCAUGAUGGGAAGGCUACAUCAGCGACGCCGCACGAUGCAGAUGUUGUUCCCGAGACUGCCACUCGCGUUGCCAAAUUAGAAUCUCACCACGUUGGACGAGGGGGCGCAGGAAACGAAGCACAUAUCCACGAGAAGAAGCACGACAGCUUGAUGGACAAGAUCAAGGGAUUCUUCGGUUCACCGUCGGUCAAGAAGUAA